AAUAUAAAUAUUUAUUAAUUUCUGCAUGAUGGAUUUACGAGAUCUUAUCGCGAAAAAGAGAUCGUCAUUGAAAUCGUGUAAAACGGUGAUAACGGAUCCGCUCGGCAACAAAUACGAAGUUGAACGUGGUCAAGUGAAGGAACUAGAGAAAAGUCUGCCGUUCGUAAUAGAUGAGAAACCUGAUUUGCAGGUCGCCAAUAUAAUACCGGGAUUGUAUCUCAGCUCGCAAGAUCCGGUGGUUUGCAAUGAUAUUUUAAAAGAAUACGGAAUACGACAUAUUUUGAGUAUAGGUGUCAACAUCUCUGAGAAAUAUGAUGAUAUUCAGUAUCACACCUGUGACUUGUUAGACUUGCCGGAAUCGAAUAUACUACCAUCGGUAAACAAAUGCGUCGACAUCAUACACGCGAAUCGUAAGGAGAACAUUCUUGUGCAUUGUAACGCUGGAGUUUCUCGGUCUCCCAGUAUCGUAAUCGCUUAUUUAAUCAUUAUUAUGAAAUUAUCGUACGAUGAAGCUUACAAUACGGUGAAAAGCGCGAGAAGUUGUAUCAGGCCUAAUGACGGAUUCGUGAAACAAUUACGUGGUAUCGAAAAUACAAAGUUUCUUUACGAAUUAUAAUGUUUCAACGUAUGAAAAUUUUUAUGAGUACUUGUACUACGUCGAUAAAUUAUUUAUCAGUAAUUCUGGCAUGUGUUUCAUAAUUAGAGACAAUUUUAUUGUACGUAUAUAUUUGCGCGCGUAAUUUUGUGUUAUUUUUGGAACUGAGAUCGAAAGGCUGGAGAAGAAUGUGUGCACACAGGAAAUGGAUAAAUAGAUCAAUGAAUGUAGUAUAUUGUUACAAUAUAAUCCAUGUGUUAUAACGUUAUUUACUUAUGUGUACAGAGAAUAUUGUUUCAUGUAAUUACAAUAUAUUUUAUUAUAACUCAUUAGAAAAUUAUAUUCAUGCACAGCAUCUAUGAAAUUCUUAGCCAAAACUAAGCAUAUUAAAAUUUACUAAUUCUGGCUCUUCCUUACAUUUACCAUGCAUUGGAGAUGACACAUAGGUCGCCGUACCAAGUAGAUUUAUAAAAAUUACUGUAAAUCUAAAAAAUAUAAGUGAAUUUCUGUAUACAUGA